AUGGCUGGUAUUAUCAAUGAGGAGAAGCUUGGUAGAAGAAUCCAAACUUACUACCGCGAAGAACGCGCGUGCAAGCGUGAAGAAGCUAAACUUGCAAAGUGGUUUGGGGAUCUCACUCCUGAACAGAGAGAUAUCUUUGCAGACGACAUCCCAGAAGCUUUUCUCGGCGAAAGAAACGGCGGAGCACAAGGAGGUGCUAACGGCGGAGCACAGGGAGGUGCUAACGGCGGCGAGGGCGAAGCCAACGGUGGCGGUGCUAACGGCGGAGCACAGGGAGGUGGUAACGGCGGCGAGGGCGAAGCCAACGGUGGUAACGGCAGAGACGUCGGAGCGCAGGGAGGUGGUAUCGGUGGCUUUCUUAACGGCGGCAUGGGACUCGGUGCUAACGGCGGCGGGGGGGAAGCCAACGGUGGCGGUGACAACGGCGGAGACGCCGGAGCUCAGGGAGGUGGUAUCGGUGGGUUUAAUCCUUCUCAGCCGGGGUUAAACGGCGGAGGAAUUGAUGCUGGCGUUCUUAAAGGCGGAGCACAGGGAGGUGACGGCGGGGAAGCCAACGGCGGAGCUGAUCAAGAAGUCUUGUUGUGGUAUAGGGUCGUCGGGACCGUUGCGGAAGCGGCUAGGUGGCUCACGUAG